AUGAGCGGGAAGAUUUCCAGGUACGUUAUUUUACCCUUAACGGGGUUCACAUUGGGCUUCGGAUAUUUCGUUAAGCCAUGGCAUUUGGAUGAAUCAGCACUACAAACGUUACAUAGACCGCUACAGGACCAACGGACCGAUGUAUUGGAUAAACUUAGGGCCACAGAAUGGGUCAAGAAACUUAAAGAGUCGUCUGAUUAUAUGAUGCAUCGUCAAUCGGAGAAGAUCCCUGUACCUCAUAGAGAUUAUCACGUAGGUCAAGGGUUGCUUUACGGACCAACUAAGCUUGAAAUUGAUCCGGUGGUGUUUACAGAUAAUGCACAGAACAAGAUCCACGUCAUAUAUCAUUUGGGCCACAAUUUAGGCAACGAAAAGAAUGCAGUGCAUAAAGGUGUACUUUCAUUGCUAUUAGACGAGGCUUUGUGUUUCUGCGGGUUCCCUACACUUCCCAGUAAGCGUGGAGUCACUGCAUCUCUAGACAUAUCGUUCCAGAAGGAUGUUCCAGUUAAUUCCACCAUUGUGCUCAACGCCCAGGUCAUUGAAACCAAGGGAAGAAAAUGUAUCAUUACAGGAACGUUGGAAUCACCACCUCUUGAUCCUUCUACGAAACUGGGAUCCGUAAAGUCCUUAGUGGCUAAGAGCGUACCCAAUUGGAUAUACAACCCUAAACCGACCGUCUACGCUACUGCAACGUGUAUUUUGGUGGAACCUAAAUGGUUUAAAUACGUUUCAUGGAUUAACAUAUUCUGA